UAAGUUGAAAUUUAUUUUAGGAGAGAGCGAAUUGUUACUGGAACGUUUUAGCGAGCGUGUAAGUAGAGAGAGCACGUUGCGUGUCCGAAGCACAUAGGAAAGCAGUCGCUCGCUCAUUCUCACACUCUCCACUCACUCGAUAAAAUUAUUAAAAACAAAUCAUUUUCCCUUAUAAAUCUGAAUUUUUAAGAGAAUAGUUAUGGAGGAAUUAAGUAAUCCUAAGGACAAAGAGUUGGAUAAUUAUACGACGGAGGAUUUAACGAAAAUCAUGGAGUGUGCCGUCGGCAGAAAGGAUUACGUUUUAGUGGGAAAAAUUAGUGUAAUUUUGGUGGAGAGGUCGACUCCACCUCAAGGUCCUUCUGUCAGCAAAGUACCACGUCUUGAGAUAGUUGUCGUGGCAGAAAAUAAAUCAGUUAGUGCACAAGUGCCAGCCAUCCUGACCUCCCUAUUCAAGUGGGACUUGACCCCGAUUGUCGUCACGCCUCUUCCACCACCACCAACAGCUGGCGGGUGUAUUUGCCACGGAUGGGUUCGACCAGCAGACGCCACAUUGGGGAGCAUCAUCCACAAGGCGGUGAAGAAAGCCGUCGGCUGGAUUGAGGAAAAGGAUGGAUGUGAAAGCCAGAUCAAGAUGUCGGAAAAAUAUAUGAAAUGGAGAAAACAGAACGAUCAGAAGGCUAAACCGGGCCCGAAGAAAUCCUGCCGUCUUAUUACAUUCCAAGGGAAAACGAAGUCGCUGUAUUUUACGGAUGGGAGAUUAAGAAUUAAAACUGGGACGAGGGGGACAAAUACUCAACUUUGUUCAUGGGCUAAUUGCUGGGAAGUAAAACAACGCAAUUGUGCAGACCACCAGCAAAAUAUGUGGCGUAUAACGGCCGUCGGCCUCUUCCAGAACGUUGAGGAUGAAGAUAAUGAAAACGUGGAUGUAAUGGGGGUGGUGCAGCCAACGGUUCAUUCAAUGAAUCGUUACAAUACCAUUUGUACCACCUGGGUAGACAAACGUACCGUUUUCAAGAGAAUCUUGGAAAAGCACAGUUUAGACAUCACCAACGUCGAAAUACUUCAUCGAUUUGAAGAGCUCGCCAACGGCGCCUACGAUGACCGUCUCCGCCAUACACUGAAGCUUGGAAUCGACCUGCUUACUUUCUUCCGAAACCUAAACCUUGCCGACGGCAGCAACUACACCGUCGUGCCUUUCGAUAAUCAACUUAUUAGGUCGGCGUCGCUCUCUCACGUCUUGGAAUUUCUUUCGAAUAAUGGCAUCCAAGUCGGCCAAGGAGACACGGUUUUAAACAAAAUCCCCCCCUUCUCUGACAAUGAACCUCUCGAUUUGGUGGGACUACCCCUUCCCCAUUGAUUUGAAAAUUGCGGUAAUGAGUGAAUUAAGUGAGGAAGAUGAGAAGGAAACUCAUUGAAUUUUGAAAAGCCAAUUGAACCAAGAAUGAGAAAAAAGUUGCGAGCUGGCCGGAAUCGAACCUGCAACCUUUCGUUCUGAUCACUACC